AUGACAGAAUUUGUCAAGGUAAAAACGAGGAGAGGUGUUAAUGGAAUAUUAGAUCCAGAAAUCACCAAUGAAUCUAAUCAAUCAACAUUAAAAGAAAGUUUAGAAAAAAAGAAGCAAAUUGUACUUGAAUCGCAAUUAUAUGAAGAAAUUAUUCAAUCGCUACAUCCUCAUAAAUUUACAAAGAUACGAUGUGUUGCUUUAGGAUCACCAAGUCAAGAAGAACCAGCAUUAUAUCAAUUAUCAUUAUUACAAUCAUUAGCUUCAAAAUUUAAUAUAGAUUCCAAAAAUAUCUCAAUUUAUGACCCAGUUUUUUCAAAAUUAGACAAAGCUGUAUUUGAAUCAUGGAAUUAUGAAAUAUCAGAAUCUUAUGAUUCUCUAAAUCCAAAUGAUGUACUGUUCUUUUUACCUCAUGCUCCACUAAACUUAACAAAUCAUAUCAUAUCAACCAAUAAUCCAAAACUUUUAUUAGCAAAUAAUAUUCUUACACAUACAGAUCGUCUUACCAAAUCAGAGUUAUUUGUUAAAUAUCCACUGUUAUCUAAAUUAUCAAGUUUAAUAACUAUUAAUAAAAAUGAAUCUAAUAAUGAUGGUUUUGAAGCUGUGGUUAAGAAAAAAACUAGAAAGCAAAAGAACAAAUUUAUAGAACCAACCAUAGAUAAUUCUAAAGUUGAAUCAUAUUUUUCAAGCAUAGAUAUCAUAUCAUUUAAAGAGUUUGAAAAUGGUCAAUGGGCCAAUUCAUUCACUGACUUAGCAUUCCAUAGCAUAUUAUAA